AUGGCUUCUACCAACUCCAAUGCUGGAGGUGUUGAAGGGAACAACUCCCAGGCUGAACUGGAAGCUUGUGUGCAGAAGAUUGACCUGAACAACUUGGAUGAGGAAAUGGCUGAAAAGGAACCUGCUGAAAACUCCCCUGCUAAGGACCCUUCAGCUGCUGAAAAUUCCAAGGAGCAGGAAGGGGAGUCUCAGGAGGAUGACAUUGAGCUGGAGGGCGAAGAGGAUAUUCUGCAUGCUGAAAUUGCUAAGCUGCAGGAUCACGCUGCUGAGCAGGAUACGCGCAUCCAGCAGCAGCAGUCUCUCAUCUCCAUGCUCAGGGGGGAGCUCUCUGACCAGGACAACAAAAUCAAGUACCUGGAAGUUGAGCUCAAGAACAUGAAGCACGAUGCGCGGGAGCAAGGUCACCAGCUGGCGCGGCAGACCUCAAAGAUCAACGAUCUGCGCGAGGCUUUCAACGCCCUUCGGAGGGAGACCAUGUAUCGCCCUGCACCGCGAGCGGACCCGCCCGCCAACUCUGCUAGCGGUCGCACCAACCCUUCUCGCUCUGGUGGUGCAGUGGGUGACCCCGGUCCUUCUACGCAGCGCGCUGCUGAGCCGAGCACGCAGGCCUUUGGCUCUCUGCCAAUCACCCUGCCGCCAUUCAUCCAUGGCAAGACGGACGUGGCUGCGUGGCUGUCGAUGAUGACCGACCUGUUCAAGGCGCACAAGGUCCAAGACGACGCUCGCGUCGUCGCUGCCACCACCGUGCUGGACCAGAAUGCACAGCGAGUGGUGUAUGGCAGCAAGAUCCAGGCUGAGGCGGAUAGGAAGCCGUUUGGCGGGGGCGACUCGUCGGGAACGAGCGGCGUGAAAGAAUCGAAUCAUGGCGACACGGUGCAGAACGGUUCAACGCGGCAGAAUGGUAGCACGCAGGCAGGGAACGCGGAGGAGGCUAUUCGCCGGGAGCGACAAAGGGGAGGAGUGUUGAUUUUCGGCGGGGGUUGCUCCCGUUGCACGGUGGGCGAGCUGUGCGCGUUCGAGAUCGCCGUCAGACCUCCCGCCAGAUGGGUCCCUCAUAGGGCCCGGCUGAGCCGGAUCGCUCAAGGGAAAAAGGAGUGGGCUAUGAAACAUACAGGCGGCGGCGGGGGUGGCAGCAGCAGCAGCGGCGCGAGGAUAGGUAUGGGUGGGAUGCUCGAGUCGUUGGUGGUGAGGCUGAUGGGGCCCGCAUUGGCUAUAGCGGAUGUGACUACAGAGGACGGUGACGUCACGCGCUGGCGAGUCACUUACCACGUGUGGGACGCUGGUGACUACAGCGUCCUCGUCCAAUCAGAGUGCGACAUGCUGGACUAUGCUUCUGACUACUUGCAUCGGGUCCGGAAGACAAAAUCGCAUGUCAUGGCCAAAUGGGUCCUCACUGUCCUCCCACCCACCAAACCAUCCACUGGACCAGUUCCCAAGCCAUCCACCGAACCAUCUACCGAACCAACCGUCGAACCAGUCACAAAUUCAUCCACGAAAUCAGCUACCAACCUAUCCACCGAGUCAGUUACCGCUGAGUCCCAACCCAGCAACAGGACCUCUCACGAUGCAACGUACGGUCCAGAUUCGCCGUGCGACCAUGCCAUCCACGGCCGGUGGCUGUUCAACACACAGAAGCGGGCCUACGAGUGGCAACUCUACCCCUGCGCGCACCCCCUCCCCCCUGCCUCUCAAUGGCUCUCCGCCCUCCAAUCCCGGGGUAUUUCCGAAAUCAACUUUGUCGGCGAUUCUCACGUGCGCUUUCUCUGUCACCACCUCUUCUUUUUCCUCACCGGCAAGGCCAAUGCAUCCAUUGUGAAGCUUCAUGAAUAUCAUCAGUUGAUCGUGCCACCCCCUAGCCCAGAUUUGCAGCCUCUGACGCUCAAUUUUUAUUGGAUCGGAGGGAUUUACAUCGAUGGGCCUUUUGGCUGCAGGUGUGUGUGUCUGUAG